CCCUCCCACUCUCUCUCUCUCUCUCUCUCUCUCUCUGCUCGCGUUUUGUCGUAAACCAGAAGAAACACACACACACACCCCAUUUCCUACCACACAGUUUCUCUCUCUGUACGUAUAUGAAAGUAUAUAGACAUACACCCUGACUUUCUCUCUCUAGAGGAGCUUCUCGAUCAGAUAUAUAUACAAUACUGUGAUUUUCUCUCUCUAGAGGAGCUUCGAAUCACUCACCGACUGAACCAAUGUUGGUUUUAGGUUCUACUAACCAAGGAACAUGGGGGAACUCUGACAUAUUCAAUGUUUUUAAUUGAGUUAUUAUUGGUUGAUUUUGUCCGGUUGUUGAAUCUGUGAGUUAAAUCGGUCAAUGGCAGCUUCCUCUUCAAGAGGACGAAGCAGUUCACCAUUUCCCAACCAGAAGCCUUCAAGUCCGUUUUCAUCAUCUUCAUCGUCUUCAUCUUUCAAGCAGACAGUACAUCGUUCAUCAUCCUCCGCUACAACUUUCUACGGAGGCGGCUCAGGGAACGGUUACGGUUCAAGAUCUGAUACUCUUGGUCGGACUACAUCUGAAUCGAUGUACUCUCGAGGUGCUUACGACGCGCCUUCGCCUGUAGAUUAUCCGUCUGCCGAUGAGUUGAUAGAUGAGCCGAUUGAUGAAUUCUCCAGACCGGCAGGAGGUGACAGCAUUUCCGUCACGAUUCGGUUUAGGCCUUUGAGUGAAAGAGAGUAUCAGAGAGGAGAUGAGAUUGCGUGGUACGCCGACGGAGAUAAACUUGUGCGCAAUGAGUACAAUCCGGCCACUUCAUAUGCGUUUGAUAGAGUGUUUGGAUCCUUUGCGGAGACUCAUGAAGUGUAUGAAGUAGCUGCUGGACCUGUUAUAAAGGCUGCUAUGGACGGCAUAAAUGGAACUGUAUUUGCAUAUGGUGUAACAAGCAGUGGGAAGACACAUACUAUGCAUGGUGAUCAUAAUUCUCCAGGAAUAAUACCUUUGGCAAUAAAGGACGUUUUCAGCAUUAUACAGGAUACGCCAGGAAGGGAGUUCUUAUUGCGAGUGUCCUACAUUGAGAUAUAUAAUGAGGUGAUCAAUGAUCUACUUGAUCCAACAGGACAAAAUCUGCGUGUUCGAGAAGAUUCACAGGGUACAUAUGUUGAGGGUAUAAAGGAAGAGGUGGUUUUGUCUCCUGGACAUGCCCUUUCUUUCAUUGCUGCUGGUGAAGAGCACAGGCACAUUGGUUCAAAUAAUUUUAAUCUUCUUAGCAGCCGUAGUCACACAAUAUUUACCCUGAUGAUUGAAAGUAGUGCUCAUGGUGAUGAAUAUGAUGGAGUCAUAUUUUCUCAACUUAAUUUAAUCGAUCUAGCGGGAUCAGAGAGCUCAAAAACUGAAACAACAGGACUGAGAAGGAAAGAAGGAUCUUACAUAAACAAAAGUCUUCUAACCCUUGGAACUGUAAUUGGAAAACUUAGUGAGGGAAAGGCAUCUCAUGUUCCUUACAGAGAUUCAAAACUUACUCGCAUUCUACAGUCUUCAUUGAGUGGCCAUGGCCAUGUUUCACUUAUUUGUACUAUAACUCCAGCAUCUAGUAGCAUGGAGGAGACUCACAAUACAUUAAAAUUUGCAAGCAGGGCAAAACGUAUUGAAAUCUAUGCCUCUCGCAAUAAGAUUAUUGAUGAAAAAUCUUUGAUUAAGAAGUACCAAAGAGAGAUAUCAGCUCUUAAGCUAGAGCUUGAUCAAUUUCGUAGAGGGAUGCUUGUAGGAGGUGUCAAUCCAGAAGAGAUAAUGACAUUAAAACAGAAGUUGGAAGAAGGACAAGUGAAAAUGCAAUCACGAUUAGAAGAAGAGGAAGAAGCCAAAGCUGCUCUCAUGAGCCGAAUUCAGAGGCUCACAAAGCUAAUACUUGUUUCCUCAAAACAUACAAUUCCUGGGUUGACCGAUGCAUCUGGUCAACAGAGUCUUUCUGUUAAUGAUGAUGAUAAUGGUUCUCUACUCUUGAACAGUGACUUAAUUUCUGGUGAUUCUAUCACCGAGUCAACUCAACCGGGUGAAGUCAUUAGUCGUUCUGCCAGUGGUAUAAAGCUGCUAACAGGUGGACUUUCAAUAGAUGAAAUGGACCUUCUAGUUGAAAGAGUGAAAAUGCUUGCAGGAGAGAUUGCCUUCAAUUCAAGUACCAUGAAACGUUUAGUAGAACAAUCUGCAAAUGAUCCUGAGAGCUCAAAAACCCAAAUAGAGGACCUGGAGCGUGAAAUAGAAGAAAAAAGAAGGCAAAUGAGGGCUUUGGAAAGACAGAUUGUUGAAAGCAAUGAAGCUUCAAUUUCUAAUACAUCAUUGACUGAUAUGCAACAGACAAUGAUGAAGUUAAUGACACAGUGUGAUGAAAAGGGUUUUGAGCUAGAGAUCAUGUCAGCAGACAACCGCAUCCUCCAGGAAGAAUUGCAAAACAGGUGUACUGAAGUUAAAGAACUGCAAGAAAGAAUCAUGUUGCUUGAACAGCAGCUCCUUACAUCUUCAGAACAUCCAAGAUCCAAAGAUUACAUCGAUGAGCUAAGAACACAAAUCAAGAUUCAGGAGGUAGAAAAUGAAAAAUUAAAGCUGGAACAAAUUCACAUUCUAGAGGAGAACAGCGGAUUAUGUGUACAGAAUCAGAAACUUUCAGAAGAAGCUUCAUAUGCUAAGGAAUUAGCUUCAGCUGCUGCGGUUGAACUCAAGAAUCUAGCCGGUGAAAUUACCAAACUGUCCCUAGAAAAUGCAAAACUUGAAAAGGAGUUAAUGUCUGCUUGCGAGUUGGGAAAUUCAAAAUCUAGAAAGUAUGAUGCUAAAAAUGGUCGGAAAGGGCGAUCUUCCAGCCGAGUCAAAGAUGAUUUUGACUCAUGGAAUCUUGACCCUGAAGAUUUAAAAAUGGAGUUACAAGCAAGGAAGCAAAGGGAAGCGAGACUUGAGGCUGCUUUGUCUGAGAAGGAAGUUAUAGAAGAGGAAUAUAGGAAAAAAGCUGAGGAAAUGAAGAAGAAAGAAGCGGCUUUGGAGAAUGAUUUGGCUAAUAUGUGGGUUCUUGUUGCUCAGUUGAAGAAAGAGGCGAAAGGCGUAACAGUUAAUGAAUCGAAUAGUAAUGGAACUGAGAGGGGUGAAACUGUAAAUUUCCGGAAAAUAGAAAAUGGUGGUGGUCGUGAUAAUAUAGUUGUUAAAGAGAGACAAGUUUUGGAUGGUUCAGAAAAAGCGCAUGAUGUGGCGAAAGAAGAACCCCUUGUUGCUCGCUUGAAGGCUCGAAUGCAAGAGAUGAAGGAGAAGGAGAAAGAGGUGAGUUACAACAAUGGAAAUGGGGGAGAUGCAAAUUCUCAUGUAUGUAAAGUAUGCUUUGAGUCACCAACAACAACAAUGCUUCUUCCUUGCAGACAUUUUAGUUUGUGUAAAUCUUGUUCACUUGCCUGUUCCGAAUGUCCAAUCUGCCGAACCAAAAUUGCAGAUAGAAUUUUUGCUUUCACUUCUUGAUAUUUGCACUUUGCCUCCCUCAAAAUGAAGGAGUUUUUUUUUUCAUGGAGGAAUGAGGAUAAAUCCCCUUUGUGGGUGUCAUUAAACUGUGUAUGUAAAAACUGUUGAAAAAAGGUAUAGUCAUGUUUUGUUUUGUGUAUGUAUUUAAUAUUUAUAAUUCCAAACUCCUGUAAUUUUAAACGUUAGUACAAUAGAAAAGACCAAUUCAUCUA